UAGUCGUGUUGUUGGGAAGUUUCCACCACCUGGCUGGCAUUGCGUCAGAUAACGUUAGUUAUUAUAUUAUAGAGAUCUUGCGCUUUUUGUUCGUCAAGCAGCUUGAAGGGUUAUCGGUACGCAGUGUAAAUACAUUUACUUAGGCUGUCAUUAAUAGCAGUUAAUGCUGUUUAUUGUGCUGAGGUCAGCAGUCAAUCUGGUCACGCGAGCGAUUUCGAAAAAAACCCGUGAUGUCAUGAUAAUUCUGCCAGUUCAUUAAUGCAAGCAGGUUUGUGACACACAAUGAAUGACGGGAGGCUGAACACUACAGUAUCAACAUCUGGAUGACCCUCGCGACGCGGAUGUCGUCUGAAAGCAUCGACCGAGCGGAAACCAGCUGAUGCUACAUGUGUAUUGAUCACCGAUCGGUUAUUUGCAAUAACAGCGCUCGUGUGUUUGUAGGCUCGCUUUCUCGCCAUGCUUCAGUUUGGAGACGAGCUCACGCUGUUCUCUGUCGUCUUCGUCGUGGUUCUGCUGGGAACCAGGAGCGCCGUCUGGCCCACGGUGCUCACGGCCUCUCUCUACCUCUUCCUGGUGAUGUUCCGGUUCCCGCAGGUCCCCUCCAGCCGGGCCAGACAGGUGCUUCGGCCCGCGUCCGGAGCGUCAGCGGUGGCGCACCGCGGCGGGGGACACGACGCCCCCGAGAACACCAUCGCUGCUAUACGGGCGGCGAGUGAGAAUGGAGCCAUGGGUGUGGAGCUGGACCUGGAGUUCACGGCGGAUGGGGUUCCCAUACUGAUGCAUGAUGACACCGUGGACCGAACCACAAACGGAUCGGGACCGCUGAGCAAGCUGCUCUUCUCCGAACUGCGAAAACUGGACGCAGCGGCCAAACACAGAUUCAGUGACCUUUUCCGAGGUGAGAAGGUUCCAACGCUGCAGGAGGCUGUAGAGGAAUGCAUCAAGCGCCAGCUGACCAUCUACUUUGACGUCAAAGGUCAUCCAGAUGAGGCAGCUGCGGCACUGAAAGAAUUAUUCCAGAAGUAUCCAGUGCUCUACAACACAAGCAUCGUCUGCUCAUUUGAGCCCAAAGUCAUCUAUAGGACGCGGCAGGCGGAUCCUAAUGUGGUGACCGCAUUGACCCAUCGGCCGUGGAGUCUGAGUCGGUUUGGCGACGGGACGCCGCGGUUCUCAUCCGUGUGGAAGCACCACUGGAUGCAGGUGUUGGACGUGCUCCUGGAUUGGGCCCAUCAUCACCUGCUGUGGAACCUGUGCGGAGUCUCCGCCUUCCUGGUGCAGAAGAACUUCGUCUCGCCGGACUAUGUGCAGUACUGGGCAGCCCGAGGCGUAGAGGUGGUGGGCUGGACGGUGAACACGGCUGUGGAGAAGCAGUACUACGAGCAACUACUGAAGAUCACCUACAUCACUGACAGUCUCGUAGAGGACUGUGAACCUCACUACUGAAACGCCACCUCGUACAAUCAAUAGUUUGGGCCUUUUAUAAUUCAAGCUACUAAACUGUCCUACUUCACUCAACAUAUUGAAGUAUGUGUCUGUAAUGAAUUGCUCUGUUUUAGGCAGCAUGCCGUAGAGACUUGAAAUUUACAGGGUAACCGAGUGCUUUCAUUGUGUGAGAUGUAUAAUACGGGAGAUGUAAAUAUCAGUGUUCGAAUGUACUGUACACACCCACUCAGGUGAGCCAAUUUGACAAUAGAGGUAUUAUAUCAUUAUUUUAUUCCCAUCUUAAUGGCAUUAUUCAUUGAAGAAGGACAUUUAUGAGGAAAGUAAGGGGGAUUUAUUCAGUAGACCUGCUACUUUUUUACUGCUGCUUGUGUAGAAACAGCACCGUAGCUACAAACUAUUUAGGCUAAUGUAUAUUUAGGCUUUACUCUCAUUCAUGAAAAAUAGAUAGUUGAGUAUUCCUUCCUAUUUGGGUUAAUUUCAUGUUUAAGAGUCUGGUAUUGAUAGCUAAUGAACAAGUUACAUGUAAAACAACACUCUGUAGUCAUGCCUACUUUAAGAGGGGUCAAGAAAUGUAAAAGCAAUAGGUCUUGAUCUGAGGUAAGAUCUCGGGCAGCUAUCAAACCCCAACCUUAUGUUGGAUACAUGAAUACUAAUUCAGGAUUACUUCAAAUAGUGGCAUGUUUCUGUUUUCUCUGGUGGUAAUACUUAAAUAAAACUAUUAAAUUCUUAAUUUACA